AUGUCGUUGGGCAAUGACGCUGCGGAUCCGGAAAGCGACCCGGGGACGCUUGGACGGGUCGAGGUAAAGCACGGGAGCAAGGUAGCCUUCGAUUUCCGGUGGAGUGAAAGUCUGACCAUCGGCGACCUUCGCCGUUUCACCGCGGAAGAGUGCGGCGUGGAGCUGGAUAAAUUGAGCUUGAUAUACAAAGGCAAGAAGCUGCAAGGCAUCGCUUUUCCCUCCGAUACGCGACUCGGCGACGUGGAGCAGAAGCCUCCGCAGCCGGGCAAGACACUGGUGAUCCAGGCCAUGGGAUCCCGCGACACGCGGUCGGGGGGUAACGCGCUGCGAGACAUUGCUACGCAAGUCGCGUCGCUGUACGGGUCGCUUCGGAGCAAGACCGAAGCCGCUUCGAAAUUGCUGCCGGAAGUUGAUCUAGGAGGUCUGUUACCGGCUGCGCCAGAAGCGAUGCAAGGCCUUCGGCGAGGAGCCGGGGGCAGUAGCGCCGGAGAAAAAGAACAAGAGCCGCAGCUAGUGCUCGAUAUGUUGACAAUCACGUCCUUCUCGACCCGGCUGGAUUCUUUAGACGAGCUCUCCGAUGCACAGCGUCAAGUGCGGCGCCAAGUUCUCAAGAUGCUCGAACUUCUCGAAACCACCAUAUCUUGA